UGUCACAGACGCUUUGUGGAUAAUUCAGAUUAGUUACAAAUGGAGCAGAUUGUAACAGAUUUUCAUUGACUGCAAACAAAACGCUCUGAUUGAGAGGCAGGAUGGAAUGGCAGGGGGACCUUCCACAGGAUCAUGCCUUUGUAGAGCUCCUGCUUCCUGGGCUUCCCAGUGAGCUGGAUAUCCAACAGCUGCUCCGAGACACAGAGGACAAACUCAAACUCAAUGCCUGCAGUAUAGAACAGAGUCUGAAGGAACUGCAGGGGAAGAUGGGUGAGUCCUGGACGGGGGAGCGUCCACCCAGCCCAACGGAAUGUCUGCAGUGGUUUAACCCACGGAACCCCAGCACCGUCAGGCCUGUCGCCACAGGAAACCAGGAGCUCCUGGACUUCCUGAAAGCUCUGCUCCAGUACCUUAGGAACGAGGAGGAGGGGCGAGAGGACGUGACCCUCCAGCUGCUCCACAACAUCUCCUCCCAGUGUGGCGUGUCCUUCCCCAACACCACCCCCUCGCCCACCCCCCAACAGCCCGGCCCCUCGGCACACACCUCGCUCCACACGGUCAGGGACGACAGUGCUCUGGAGAGCCAUGAGGUGUGGGACGAGGUACGGCUCCGGCUGCGGCGCCACCUGCUGGAUAGACUUUCCUGUCCCCUCCCCGUCCCUCAGCGCAUCUACUGUCUGCAGCAGCUGUUCUUCCUCUACCCAGAGUGGGAGGUGCUGACGCUCUACCAGGGCCUGAGGAGCCAGGCUGUCCUGUCUCUGCUCCACUCUGCCCUGGCCUCCAGCCCCGGUGGAAAGGAGACGGGCUUCGACAGGCUGGCCCUGGGGCUUCGUGCUGCCGCCCCAGCCCUGUGCUCGGCCCUCAGGGAGGAGCUCCAGGUCCUCAAUGGGGUGGCCAAGCCCCAUACCAUUCUGGGUUUCCUGAAUGCUGCCUACCUGAACACUGUGUCCCAGGAGCUGGGCACCAUGAUGGAGAGAGAGUGUGAGAACGCCCUAAAGGACAACACUACGCUGAGCGGUGGCAAGGGGAGGAAGAGCUCGGCCAGGACCAAGGCUACUGUAGCGCCUCUGGAGCUGCCCCCCAGGAGAGACAGGAACUUCAGCCUAACAUCUCACCAGCUGAGGGUCCUGACCCAGCUAGCCUGCACUCUGCUGGGCCUGGAGAGCCAAGUGGACGAGCUGGCCACUCAACUGGCAUUCAUCAACUGUGCUGGGGAGACUCCCUGCAGUGUGAGAGGAAUAUUGAAAAAGACCAAAGACGACUUGGAUAUGACCACUGUCGAUGGUAGCAAGACCACGGCAGAGACGCUCUUCCAGAGUCCGGAGGCCAUUGUUCUGGAGUUUGAUUGGAGGGCUGCGUUCAGGAAGCUGGUGCCCCAUAUGGCUCACUGUGUCAAGGUGGUGCUGGAGGAUGUGUGCACCAAGAGUCUGCAGCAGGAGGAGCUGUCACACACAUCUGGCUCCGCCCACGUGGUCCUGACUAGCACACCCCACAGAGAUGACUCCUCCCUCACCUGCCCAGAGAGGGACCGCCCCAAGAUGGUCGCCAAGUUCUGUGGCGACAUCAUGGGGGAGUGUGAUGCCCUCCUGCCCCUGGCGGAGGCGUGUGGAGAUGCCGCCCUCCUGGAGGUGCGCUGCAGCUUCGUGGAGGUGUGUGCCUGGGUCACGUCUGCCAUCCUGAGCCGUGUGGAGGAACGGGCAGGGGAGGUGCCCUCUGCUGCCCCCUUGAAGAACCUUAUUGCUCUGCUGGGCACCAGUAUAUACAUCCACCAACGGCUGUGUCACUAUGAGGCCCAACUCAGAGAGACUAACCCCACCGCAGCCAGAGUCCCCAUGACACUGCUGCCCAUCCAGAGGUACCAGGACGUGACGGAGGGCCUGAGAGAGCAGCUGGCCAGCUACUGUGUCCAGGUGUGCACCAGCACUAUCCUGCAAGACGCAGAGAGCCACCACUGGGCUGACCCCAAACCCUUCUACGAGGGUGAUAGGUGUUCAUUCUCAGUGCAGAUGUGGCACUACUUCCUGACUGGGCUGCGUACUGACCUGUGGUUGGCUGUGCCAGGCUCUGUGGGGCGGGACGUGCUUGCUCAGGUGACCAGUGAGAGUCUGCAGGUUCUGGUGCAAAGGUACUCCAGGGCACGGCCCUCCUACAAGAGGCACCUGCAGAUCAGGUGUGACAUCACGGUGGUACUGCUGUGUGUGGAGCAGCUCAUGUGGAGUGUGUGUGAGCGGCCCGAGGCGCUGGCUCAGUCAGAGCCAUCGGUGGCGGGCUGCGUCUGGGUCGCCUCAAUCCACAGCCUGUGUGACCAGCUCCUGACCACGCUGGUCAUCGUGACAGCACCCCUGCCUCAGCUCUACUGGACUUUCCAGUACAGACCUGGAGAGGGCUCCGCGCCAGCUCUGGCCCAUUCCCCAGGCAGCCCUGGCAUACACUGGCUCAGUGCCAUCCACCCUGGCCUGUUCACCCAGCAGGCAGCACGGGAGGGCCUGGCGGGCGAAGUGACCUCCGAGUGCCAGCUGAGGCUGCUGACCUCUGACCCAAGAUGCAGUCCCAGGUUGCUGCUGACCGCCAUCCUGCACAGAGACUGUCACCUGCUGCGAGUCCUCCUGGAACACUCCCAUUUCUGCAUGGAGGAGGAGGCAGAUGCUGAUGCUGUGUCUCCUGUGAAGAGCAAUGCUGGAGAUGAGUUUAUGGAGGCUGUGUACAACGUGCUCAGCUCUCUGAACAAUGUCCCUAAAGCCCUGACUCUGGCCUUGGGGACUUACUUUGACAGAGGACACUUAUGGGACUAUCUAUACAGCCCGGCAGAUUCAGUGCGGCCUGUCCCCGUGGUGAUCAGCUUUAUCCAGGCAGUGGUCAACCAGCCUGUCCACUGCCUUCUGGGCCAUCUGGUCACCAUGGUACUGGCUUGGCAGGCCUCUGAGGAUCCCUGUUCCUCCCUGCUCAGACGGGACGUCCCAGACAACAUCCUCACUAAAGUCCCCAAGGAGUGGAGCUAUACCCUUCAGACACCCAAGGGGAGGGAAUCCGCUAAGAGUGUGGUGAAUCUGGCCCUCCAGGCCCUCUCCUUCAUCUACACCAACCUGCCCUCGGCCGUGGCUUCCCUCCCUCUGCCAGUACGCUUCCUCUUCCACACCGCAGAGAAACACCUUUCCCAGCAUGCUCGGCAGCUGCGCUCCACAGGCCUGCUCCUCUGGGCCCUCCUUAGCUGUCUCUGCCAGUGCCUGGAGGACCCCAACUCACUGGAGCUGCUGUGCGGCUUGCCUUUGGACCGGGGGGCCAAGGAGAGACUGGCCCUGCUGUCAGAGUGCCUCCAGGGGACCAUGGGCCAGGGCCAGCAGAAGGGUGUGCCCAAGCCCACUGUGCACAAGGUACUGCAGGCUCUGGAGGAGAGGAGGCCCAAGUGGUGCUCCAUGCAGCUGCAGAAGGCCCGCAAGCUCUGCUCCGAGAGUACGUUUGAGUGGGGCGAGAGUGGUGUUCCACAGGAGGGGGGCGGCGGUGUGGCUGAGGCGACUGAGCAGAAAAUAGGGCUGAUACUCCUGGAGAUUUGCCACAAACCACGUGGCUCCGAGUACCUGAGGCAAAUCUAUCAUAUCAUCCAAGUCAAUGAGCCACUGUUGAGGUCCAAGCUGUGUGUGUCCAGUGACCCCCCAAUUGACUCUCCUCAGACAGUGACCUUUGACCUGGGAACAGACAGCCCUGGUCACCCCUCACCCCGGUUCAACCCCCUCCACCAGUUUGACCACAUCGGCAGCAACAAGUUAGACCAGGCAGCCGUGGGAGACUGGGCCUGGGACUGGGCCACACUGCUGCCAACUUACCAGGGGAUGAGUCAGGUGACCUUGAGAGCACUCCUGGUCAACAGGUGGGAGAUGCAGUAUGGUGCAGUUCUGGAAGAUGAAGAGAAGCCUCUGGUGGAGGAGCUGCAGAAAGCCUACUUCAACCAGAGCCCUGGAUCCCAAGGCGCCCCCCCCCCACCUCCGGAGUCACCCAGGCAGCACCAGGAUGAACAGCAUGCAGCAGCAAACAUCAUCAAUUAAAUCUGCUGCACUCCUUCCUCCAAAAGGCCCUUUGUGUUAAACGAGAAACAUUGUAACGUCUGUGCUGUACAGCUAAGGGAGAAGCUGUGUGUGUGUGUGUGUGUGUGUGUGUGUGUGUGUGUGUGUGUGUGUGUGUGUGUGU